AUGCGCCGGACUAGCUGCCACCGGCGAGAUGGCCUGUGCGCGGCGUGGUCGCACCGUUUCAAUAUGGAGUAUGGAGAGCUGUCCAGCGCCUCCACCAGAAAGCUACUUACUCCGUCCGACCUCUCCUGCGGCGUGCUGCAGAUCAAGAACGCAAAGGACCACGCGGGCUCUAGGUCGUUGCGACUAUCACCAUCGCCACGAUCGCCAUACCCACCCUCCCAAGCGCACGCAGCCACUGGGCGCGAGAGAGUCUGGCGCGAGUCUCGCAACCCGAAUCCAAUGCUAGCUGAGCUGCAGGCCAGACGCCCGCAGGCCUCCCAAACUCAACCACCUCAAAAGAGGGGCCGAGAAACCCGAAAUGAAUCCGCUAGAGGCCUGCACAUCUGUGGUCCGGCGACGCCACGCCUGGCGCGAUGA